ACAGCCCAAUUGACAGCUUCUUCUCCGCUGAUGCGAUGGUGACCUCAGCGCCACCGAAGCGAGGAUGGUGAGAUUAACAUCAAUUAAAAAUCGGGCAUCGCUUCAAUGCUUUUGACCAAAUAUAGCCUUCUCACGCCGGCAACCUCGAGCUCUUUCUGCUCUGUUUUUUUCUAUAAAUUGCCCUAAUUCACUUGAUCCGAAGCAAGAAUUAGAAGCUCCCCGAUCUCGUUCAAUGGCGGCGAAGAUCUACAUAGUGUAUUAUUCUAUGUAUGGACAUGUUGAGAAGCUUGCUCAGGAGAUAUUAAAGGGCGCCUCAUCAGUUGAAGGAGUGGAGGUCAAGUUGUGGCAG